AUGACGGUAUCACCGCCUUCGCUUUUUGGUCGCAAUGGCUUGAGCGAAAACGUAUUUGUCGAAGCCAUUCGAGUUCCUGAUUUUACUUCCGGAAUGAAAUCGAAAUUUUCCAUGCUCGCUCCCCGCGCGUUUACCAAGAAGAAUAAGAACAAAGACGAAGAUUUACUGGAUGCGGCGUACGUGGACGAGAAAAUCGUCGGGUGGGACGCCGUGAGCAACCAACCGAUCUACGACGAGAAUUGGAACUCGAAUAAACAGCUGUUGGAAAAGUAUAAUCCAGGGAGCACGGAGCGAGCGGAUCUGCCGUCGUACACGCACGUCCCAUCGAAAGAAGAGGAGCAAGAUUGGCUGUACAAAGGGAGCGAAAACGCGGAAUUGAUGAAAGAGUACGAGCGACGGAAAAAAGUCACGGAGGCACCCCCAGCGCCGAUUUUACAAGGCGAGACGACGAAAUCAGUGGACGAAGCGUUGUUAUCGGGGAUGUCGCCGGAAGAGAGAGGGAAGAUGGACAAGAGUUUAACCGCGUUUCAACGGAAGGUGAUGAACGCGAUGUUGGGCGGAAGUCAAGCGGGAUCGGACGAUUGUAACGUGGAUGCGGUCAAGGCGGGGUUUUUGACAGAUCGACAAAUGCGGCAUUUGAAAGAGGAUAAGGCGAAAAUAGGGAAGGAUUCGUUCGUACACGCGGCUGGGAAGUUGUCUAAAGGAGCGCACUUACAGAGAAAGUUGGAGUCGGACGAGGAAAUGCGAGCGUGCGUGGACGCGGUCGUGGUAAACGACAUGUGCGAUCGAGCGGCGGCGGGCGCGUAUUUGAAUAAAGUUUUGAGACAAGCCGAAGGCAUGUGGAAGAAGAUGCAAGGCACAUCAAUCAGAGAUCACGCGAGAUACGAACCGUUAAACGAAAAAGCGGUGUUAGCCAGAGACCGGUGGGGAGCGGCGAAGAAGUGCGUGGACGUGAUGAUGCCCGGGUAUUGGAGAGAAACUGUGGCGAGCGAAAAAUAUAGAAAGAGAGAAGAAGGUAUUUCGGAAGCCUCGAGAGUGUUCAAGGCGAUGGGCGGUAUGGAGAAAGGUAAAGUCAAAAUUAACGGCAAGAAGAUACACACGUGA